AUGGAGUCCCCGGUCCAGAUCUUCCGCGGGGAGCCGGGCCCCACCUGCUCCCCGAGCACCUGCCUGCUCCCGAACGGCAGCGGCUGGCUGCCGGGUUGGGCCGAGACGGACCGCAACAGCAGCGGGGGAUCCAAGGGUGCGCCGCUGGAGUCCGCGCACAUCUCUCCCGCCAUCCCUGUCAUCAUCACGGCUGUCUAUUCCGUGGUGUUCGUCGUGGGCUUGGUGGGCAACUCUCUGGUCAUGUUCGUGAUCAUCCGAUACACAAAGAUGAAGACAGCAACCAACAUUUAUAUAUUUAACCUGGCGUUGGCAGAUGCUUUAGUUACUACAACCAUGCCCUUCCAGAGCACGGUCUAUCUGAUGAAUUCCUGGCCAUUUGGGGAUGUGCUAUGCAAGAUAGUCAUUUCCAUUGACUACUAUAACAUGUUUACCAGCAUAUUCACCUUGACCAUGAUGAGUGUGGACCGAUACAUUGCUGUGUGCCACCCUGUCAAGGCUUUAGACUUUCGCACACCUAUGAAGGCAAAGAUCAUCAACAUCUGUAUUUGGCUCUUAUCGUCAUCUGUUGGCAUAUCUGCAAUAGUCCUUGGAGGGACCAAAGUCAGGGAAGAUGUGGAUGUCAUAGAGUGCUCCUUGCAGUUCCCGGAUGAUGAUUACUCCUGGUGGGACCUCUUCAUGAAGAUCUGUGUCUUCGUCUUUGCCUUUGUGAUCCCUGUCCUCAUCAUCAUCAUCUGCUACACUCUGAUGAUCCUGCGCUUGAAGAGUGUCCGACUCCUUUCUGGCUCCCGAGAGAAAGAUCGCAACCUCCGUCGGAUCACCAGGCUGGUCCUGGUAGUGGUGGCAGUCUUUAUCAUCUGUUGGACCCCCAUUCACAUUUUCAUCCUUGUGGAGGCUCUGGGGAAUGCCUUUCACAGCACAGCUGCCCUUUCCAGCUAUUACUUCUGCAUUGCUUUGGGUUACACCAACAGCAGCCUGAACCCCAUUCUCUAUGCCUUUCUUGAUGAAAACUUCAAACGGUGUUUCAGAGACUUCUGCUUUCCAAUUAAGAUGAGGAUGGAGCGACAGAGUACUAGUGGAGUCAGAAAUACAGUUCAGGAUCCUGCUUAUGUGAGGGAUGUUGAUGGGAUAAAUAAACCAGUAUGA